AUGGGCCCUGAGGGAGGGGCAACGGGCGGUGCGGCAACCGCCGGAUAUUCUGCAUGGGAUCCGCGAGGAUGGUCGGUGAUGAAAAAGCUCGCUGUCGCAGCCGGUGCUGUGGUGAUUAUCGUCGCUGUUGUUGUGGGAUCUGUGCUUGGAGUGCGAGCCACUCGAUACCCAAGUUAUACCCAACUCAGUUACAGCUUGGUGGACACCUACUCCGGGUCGGAUUUCUUCGAUAAUUUUUAUUAUGCUACCUCUGAUCCGUCAGGUGGAUUUGUACAGUACAUUGAUAGAUCUGCAUCUGAGUGGCUCAACUUAACUUAUGCCACCAACACAUCUGCCGUGCUCAAAGUGGAUACAACAUAUAGUGGUUCAGACCAGGUAGCUGAUGGUCGCCAAUCCGUUCGCAUCACCUCCAACAACACUUAUGCCGAUGGCCUCUUUGUGUUUGAUAUUUUGCACACCCCAUACGCAUGCGGUCUCUGGCCCGCGCUGUGGCUUUCAGACCCAAGUAACUGGCCAGACAACGGCGAGAUUGAUGUGAUGGAAGCUGUCAAUAUGGGUGAAUGGGGCAACCAGGCAACGCUCCACACAACAAAGGGAUGCAGCAUGGGCGUGAAGCGGAAGGAGACCGGUACUGCUCUUUACAAGCAAUGUUACUGGGAUGCCAACGACGAGUCAGGAUGUGGAGUGAGAAGUGCCAAGGCCAACUACGGUCCCGAGUUCAAUGCAGCGGGCGGUGGUGUAUAUGCGAUGGAGCUCCGCGACGCAGGAAUUCGAGUCUGGAAUUGGAUCCGUGAUGAUAUUCCCGAUGAUAUUACCUCGGGAAGCCCCGACCCUUCAACUUGGGGCAAGGCGUACGCCGAUUUCCCGAACACAGACUGCAAUAUCGGGAAUCAUUUCACCAAUCAGAGCAUCAUUGCAAAUAUCGAUUUCUGCGGAGGUUGGGCAGGUGCGACGGCGUACUACACCACACAGAGUGGUUGUCCAGACACUUGCGAGACGUUCGUGAUGGACAAUCCAUCAAAUUUUACGACGGCAUACUGGGAGUUUAAGAGUUUCAAAGUUUAUCAAGCGAGUACAUAG